UUUUCCUCCUCCUUCCACACGCGCCCAAUAUGCCACUUCACUACUCGAGGCUUCCAGUAAUCUGAAGCCCACACCCGGAAAACUGAAAAAAUGGCGACAACAAAAACCUUAUCACUAGGUUUUUGUCUUAUUUUCAGACCAACUACCAAGCAUCUCCUCCAUCCCACAGUGCUCUCACACGCUCCAAAGCUCUCACUCUCUCACCAAUCCUUCUACUUCCGCUGCCUCGCCCCUCCUUACAAGACCCCCAAAAAUCCAUUCAUCAUUUGUCAUGGCAAGUUGGAUAGUGACGUGCCUGAGGAGAUUAAUGAAGUCUUCUUUGAUGAUAAUUAUGACAUGAUGAUCGACGAAGAGGAGAUCAGUGAUGAGGAUGAGACAGAGAGCAGUAUUGAUUUACUAAUCAGGUUCUUGCAAAGCAUGUUCAAGAAGUUAUCUAAGAGAGCCAAGAAAGCUUCUCGCUCUAUGUUACCUGCUGUUAUAUCACCCCAGUUGGUGUCUUUUGCUGUUGAUGGGAUUCUGCUGUUGGCUGCACUUUCCAUUGUUAAAGCGCUUCUUGAGGUGGUUUGCACUCUUGGAAGCACCGUGUUUGUGGUGAUCCUGCUCCUGCGUGUUGUCUGGACAGCCGUUUCGUACUUCCAGUCAAGCGAGAGCACUUCUAGCAAGGGUGGAAGUUCCUUCGGUACAACGCAGCCAGUGGCAUAAUAUUACUUUUUUCAGGAGCACUCUUUUGGAUUUCCUCGCAAAUGCUGCUGGUUAUUUUUACAAGCUAAAAUUUGGCAAUGGGAUUGCUACCAAUGGUACCGAACAUACCUCCAAGGCUCCAACCCCCGCACCCCCCUCUCUCCCGAUAGCGCACGCUCCUUUAUUAGCUUAAUUCAUUAGGAUUUUAUUGUUAUUAUUAUUUUUAGAUCACCACAGCAGGCUGUAAAGAAGAAUCACUCAUUUUUCUCGAAAUAAUGGGACGAUUGAAGUGCA